GCUGAUGACGUCAUCAGUUUAUGUUUAGCGAUUGUGAUGGUGAUGUUACGAAAUUAAGGUUUUCUUACAAUUAUUGUAAUGUUCGCGUUUUAUCAACCUCGGCAAGACGUUCUUUUGAUAUAUUCGUGAUUUUAUGAGUUGUGUGAACCCCCUGUGUUUAUUAAUUACGUAAAAUUAAUUAUAUAUAACAGCGACUGGACUGCAUUACGUUACUUUUGGCGGCAUCUCACGAAACCACAGAAAUAGAUUUCCUUGUGCAACAAUCUUUGCAUACUAAAACUGUGAACUAAUUUACAUUUGGACCGGUUUUUGAAAUGGGUCAGGGCCCUUCGCUUGUUUUGCAUGUGAAAAUUUUGGAAGUGUUGUGAUACUGAGGGAGGGACUGUUGAAGGCAUGGAGAAUCCAACGGUUUCGGAAUUGCGGUCAAGGUCGCGCUCAAAGACUCCCUUUUUGAGGUCUAGCUGCGAUCGGGAGAAUUGUAAUGAGCCCGAUAAUCAUACGCACCACAAGUCUGGAAGGAAAACUCCAAUUAGAAGGAGCACCCCCGUGAAGCAGCUACAUUCAACAAAUAAGGUGACUUCAACCGAGCCUAUUAUAGAGAUAGAUGAUGAGGAACCAUUAGCGCACCGCACCCGACAGUCCACUCGGUCUGAGAAGGUGAAGACUUCGGACUAUUCAUCUGAGGAUAACUCUGAGAAAGGACAUGUGUCUAAAGAGAUCUUUCAGAACGAGAUCAACAGCCGAUAUGAGCGUGUGGCCACCACCUCGCGGUACACCAGCUUCGGAGACUUCACCCUCAGCCCAAUACAUACGGCCCACAAUGUGACACUCGACAGGUCAACCCGCUUCGGCAGCCCAGCGUACAGCGCAUGUUCGACAGACAGUUCGUUUGCCGAACAAGCGCUCGCGGACACGAGCGCGCUGCUCGACCGCGAUCCGAGCGCCGAGCAUCUGCCCUACCGGCUGUACAAGAUGGCGGGCGAGUACUGGAACAAAUACCCCAAAACGGACUACACAUAUUCGCCGCUGUCGAAAGACCGGGUGGAGCUCGCGCCGGGACAAGUCGCGGUGCCGAACAUGUCUCGGCGGUCGCUGUCACAAUUCCGGAUUCAAGGCCCCAACACCACCGCUGAUGAGGUGGACCGCCUCGUCACUGCUACUUGGCAGGCCAGCGCUGUCAGGAAACGAUUUACCAACAUAGACAGUUCAGACGACGAAGGCACCUACCUCCGCGGCAACGGCGGCUACCACCAGCCCGACCAGCGGUGGCUCCUCACGCGUCUCCUGGUGGCCAUCCUGACCACCGUCACCACGGCCACCAGCUCCGCCUACAGAAAGGUUGUGGGGCCUUCGCAUCGGUAUCCUUACACUGACAGAAGACCAGCUCAGGCGGGAAUCGUAUCCAGGACAGCAUCAGUGGCGGCGGCGCCGUUCUACUGGCUGUACUCCAUCAUCAAAACUGUCAUCACCACCACCGUCACCACUGUCACUGAAACGGUAACAUCAAACCACGUGUCCGCAAGUGAGAAGUACUCGCGCUCACAGACCAAAGUCGCGAAGAGGAGAUGGUGGCCGUGGCUGUUGCUGCUGCUGUUGCCGGCUGUCGGAUAUGGAUGUUACAACUACUCGGACCAAAUUAUACCUCAAACGCCAGUGAUAGUAGACACAUACAAAUCCCCUCAAAUAGUCCAAGACCCUGACUUGUCGAAGCGAAUGGCGGCUCUCGAAGACUGGGCGAUAAACGUUGACACAAAAUUGAAAACUAUCGACCAGAAAUUGUCCAACUUCGACAACCUAGAAGCUCAGAUUGAGCAAUAUUCACUGAAAUAUUUACAGCAGAAUUUAAUUCAAGUUUUUAAUUUGAACGAUAAUAGUGAAGCGAUAGCGGCUAAAUUGAAGACUUAUUUCGACAAUCAGUAUUUAACUAAGGAGCAAAUGCAGGUCUUGAGUCAGGAAAUUCAUGAAAGGUUGAUAAGUUCUUGGAAACCGGAGAUGGAUGAAGACAAGAUUCGGCUGAUGAUUCAGGAAUACCUUAGUGUGUUUGAGCGCCGACAGAUGGAGCUAGUGACGAGGAAAGUGAGGGAAUACUUGAGGGAAGUGGAAGUGCAUCAUCAUAAUACUGGAUUUGAUGUGGAAGCUGUGAAGAAGAUAGUUGCUGGUAUGUUGGAGGUAUAUGAUGCUGAUAAGACUGGACUGGUGGAUUACGCGCUGGAAUCUGCUGGAGGCCAAGUGGUAUCGACGAAAUGCACGGAGCUGUACCAGAUCAAGACCAAACAGUAUUCUAUCCUGGGGCUGCCCGUGUGGUGGGUGUACACGACCCCGCGGUUCGCGCUGACGCCGGGCGCCAUGCCCGCCGAAUGCUGGGCCUUCCAGGGCUUCCCCGGGUAUCUGGUUGUCCGCACGUACGCCAUCAUCGAAGUGACUGGCUUCUCCCUGGAGCACAUGUCGAGGCUGCUAGCCGUCGACGGCAAAAUAGAGUCGGCGCCGAAGAACUUCUCUGUAUAUGGCCUACACGGAGAAAUGGACCCAGAACCUCACUUGUUCGGCGACUAUAUCUACGACGCCAACGGGACAUCCAUACAGUAUUUCCCAGUGAAGUACCCCAAGACUACCAACAUUGGCGGGGUGAACUACCCCGUCGCGUAUGACAUCAUAGAACUAAGAGUCGAGAGUAAUCAUGGCAACCCUACCUACACGUGUAUCUACAGAUUCAGGGUGCAUGGCAACCCUCUUUCGGACAUUCGAAAAGCCACCGAAGAUAGCAUUAAGGAAAGUGAAUCAUAGCGACUUAAAAUAGAAACAAUAUAUCAAGGAUAAUUAUGUGAAUCAUGUGUGAAUUUGUCUAUAGAAAACUGUAGUGUGUGCGUUUGUGACAAUGACAAAUGUGUUCAGUGAAACGUAUGAUGUCCAUUCCUAGAAUAUCGUAACAUUUGUGGCCUUAACUUAUUACGGUUUUAAUUUUCUAAUGUAGAGUAAUGACAAAGUACAAAUGUUCAUAACUUCACUAGUGACUGUUAUUAAAAACAAGUUGCAACAUUAUAAAUCUCAUACAACGCACAACGCCCAUUAAAUACGCUUAGUUAUGGUUUUUUUUUUAACAAUUUUUGUGUAAUUUUUUAAAGUAUUUUAGAUUUGUAUUAAUUAAGAUUGCGAUUGUUAAUUUUAGAGUUUUAUUGUAUGUAUUUGUGGUAAUUCAUUAUAUAUGCAUGGGUCUUCACAGAAAGAUUAAGUCGAGGAAAGAUAGGCAUUGUCGAUUCCAUACUUUUAAAAUAUAAUUUUACUAUCACAUCUAUAUUCAGCAGUUCGAAUAAAUAUUUUAUAACUAAAUAUAGAAUUCUCUGAGAGGUACAAAAUAUAAAAUCGUUAUUUACUACGUAGGAGAAAGUACUUAUAACGUAGUGUGGAUAUUUUUAUAAUUAAGAGGUUGGGUGUCGUAACUAUUUGUAAACAUACCUUUGUCUCAAAAUUAGGAACAAAGCUGACCGAACUGCCCAGAACCUAUUUUUUAUUUAAAAACAAAACAGAGUUCCUACAAAAAUGCACUUAGAUCCAUGCUUUAGGUCAUUUUCGAACUAGGAAUAAGCGGGAACUAGUCCAGUUAGAUAUUAAUGAAUUCUAUGCCAAUAUAAAUUAAGCGUUUAUUUUCUCAGUAAUUAAGGAUAAAUUUCUAUUGGGAACAUUUAUGCGGACGCGAGCGCCAAAAAGGAUCGUGAUAAAUUGACCACAUUCAUCUCAUCCAUGUGAAUGUGGCAACGUUAGCUACAUUAUAUAAAAAGGUUCGUGCUAAGUCCCAUCUCUCUUGUCUUAUCUCUGCGCUCGAUAGGUUAAUACAUAUGUAGUUAUAUGAUUAAAGCGGAAAACAAAAAAAGACGUUUAAGCGCCAUAUCCCAUUGCUCCGUUGCGUAUCGUAUUCCUCCGUCACCUUGACGGAUCAAUGUAGAACAACUUAUAAAUUGUAUGAAGUUUCGACGUCGAAUCAAUGUCAAAACUCAUAUAAACCCGUCACCUUAGUAAUAUUAGAUUUUUUUAAAAUUAAGUUCAGCGUGUACUUUUAUUUAUAGUUUGAAAGUUGUGACAGCUAUUGUAUUUUAUUAUGCUAUUUUAUCUUAUCGAGUUAGAGCCAGCCCGACACUAAUAAUAAAGUGAAAAGAGCCUUGUUGUCCAAAAUUUAAUACUUACAGACAUAGAUUAAAUUAUUCCGUAUUUAUGUAAACACGGAUCAUCCCAAAAACAGAACCUACUCACUGCCGCCGUUGAGUAUUUACUAAUUUUCUAUGCAUUUCUUGAAUAUCAAUUUUAGAAUUUGUACACUAUUUUCGUAGGAACACUCGGGGAUGAAAGGAUUACUUUUUAACAUUUGGUCAUCAGGAUCUUGAUAGGAUGCACAAAUUAGCAAUGUUUUAAGGAUUUGAAUACAACUGUUGUAAGAUUGUGUUCGUGUAUGGAGUGAUAGAAUGUUAAUGUGUUAUGUUAAUGUCUUCAUUUGACUGACAAGUUUUAUUUGAAUUAAGUUUUCAGUCAUUGUAAGUCGAGAAGCACACUUUCUAAAUAGUAUGUGUAGGUAGUGUAGUUUAAUUUUCGAUUAAAAAACUUUAAUUUGAUAUAGAUACAAUUCAAAAUUAAUUUUAUUGCUGAUUUUGACAGGAUUUCAUCGGUCGAAAGAAUAAUUCAAUCUAAUAAGUACAAUUUCAGAUUUUUUAAAAUACUGCUAUAUUGAGCCGUUAUAAACUUAUUGGCACAUUCCUUUUUUCGCGAUUAGUUGAAAAGUAUUUUGGACUCAUUGCACUUUUCUUAUAGGUUUCAGUUUUCGCAAAAUAUUAAUUUAGGGUGACUUUAAUACAUUGGCAAUAUUUUGUCUACAUGCUCAGUCCAUGAUUCUGAACUUCUUUUAGUAUGGGAGUAACUGCGAAAUCGCGAAAAAAAAUCAGCUGUUCUAUACAAAAUUAAAUACCUAAGUUGUGGAAAAUGUAUGGAUCAGUUGAUUUUUUUUCGCGAUUUCAAGGUUGCUUCUAUACGAAAAGUUGUUCAGUACCACUGAGCAUGUAGAUAAAAUAAUGCCAAUGUAUAAGAAAUCAUCCUGUAUACAUAUCUAUAAGUAUUUAAUGUUAACUGUAUAAGAGUUACCACUAACAAAUUACUGCCUGUUAGUUUCACUCAUAUCUUGACUUGCAAUUCUAUACCAAAAAUAAUGAAAUCUAUUAUGUACCUAUUUAUUUGAAAUUUUUUAAGGUCACGGCAACAAGUUUAUGUAUCAUUUAGCUUAAGGAAUCCACUUACAUAUUUUAUAUUGUCUUAUUUAUAAUCGAAGGUCUUAUCGAACAAGAGAUUUUACAAAAAUUUUAAAUUACUUUCCUCGCUUUAACGGUGUACCCAAUGUUACAAUAGUGGAUUUUUUAAUGUAGAUAUUAACAUUAUUGGCAAACAAAAUAUUGUAUUAUGUAAGUCUAUUUCAGAUCUUUAUUUAUGUUUAAUUUUAAACUGUUUAUAUAAUACUGCUUUCUAUUGUAAUUAUUACAGAGAUAUUGUGAUGUUCAAAAUAAAAAUGUAAACAGAAAA